CCGUCUCACACUUUCUCGACCUUUAAGAUAUCUCAAUGCCCGGGGCAUGGCGCUGUAGACCAGCUUAAUCACACCUUUUCCCUCCCUCCCCACGAUUCCAGCCAGUAUGAGAGUAGCAAGUGCGGCGACCUCGACGUCGCUGAGGCUGGCGUAUGGCGCCAUGGCUGGCCCCAGUGCGCGGAGGUCCUUUGCGACCACCUCACGUUUCAUGAAGGCCUAUGGCUUCAUUGGAUUGGGGAGAAUGGGCUGGCCCAUGGCCAAGAAUCUCCGCGCCAAAAUCGGCAAGUCCGAUACCCUCAUCGUGUACGAUGUGUCCUCGGACGCGGUGCAAAAGUUGCAGAAAGAGGCGGACGGCGAGGUCGAGGCGGCCAAGAGCGUGCGAGAAGUCGCGGAGAAGGCGGAAACAAUCCUCACAGCCCUCCCCGAACCCCACCACGUGCAAAAAGUCUACUCGGAAAUGCUAGAGCCCGCAACCCUCCGCACCGAAGCGCCAAACAAAAACGAACGGCUCCUGAUCGACUGCAGCACCAUUGACCCCAAGACCUCGGAAGAAGUGACGGAGAAGGUGCUCAGCAGCGGCGCCGGCAAGUUCUGCGACGCACCCAUGUCCGGCGGCGUCGUGGGCGCCACCAACGCUACGCUGGCCUUCAUGGUCGGCUGUCCGGACGAGAUGGUUGACCGCGUCAAGGAAGUGCUCGGCCUCCUUGGCCGUCGAGUCAUUCAUAUGGGUCCGCCGACCAGCGGACUCAAGGGCAAGCUCGCGAACAACUACCUCCUCGCCCUCAACAACAUCGCGACGUGCGAAGCGAUGAACAUGGGCAUCAAGUGGGGUCUCGACGGCAAGGUACUGGCGGAGUUGAUCAACAACGCCACGGGCAAGUGCUGGCCCAGCGAAUCGAACAACCCCGUCCCGGGUGUGCUUGAGGUCGCGCCGGCCAAUCGGGACUACGAGGGUGGCUUCGGGACGGCACUCAUGGCGAAGGAUCUGGGGCUGGCGUUGACGGCUCUCGAGCAGGCGGAUCUUAAGCCUGUGUUGGGCCAGCAUGCGCAGGAAGUGUACAAGGCUGUACAGCAGGAUGACAAGUGCAAGAACCGGGAUUUCUCGGUUGUCUAUCGAUGGUUGGGAGGGAAGGAGUGAUUCGAUGUGCUUCUGAGAUAGUCUGUGACCAUGUAUGAAGAUGUAAACCGACAUCUAUCUGCGCUCGACAAUGUCGACAGAGACCUCACAUCAGAGUCUCGCCGCCUCUUCAGCAGGCACAACACCAGUCCUACACGCGCAAGACGCAGUAACAACCACAUCCGCCGUCGCCGCCGUCAAAUCCAACAACUUCUUCACAAUCCGCGCCUCCCCCUCCCUCCCCA